UUUUGUUAGGGUGAACGCGCUAAGCGGAAGCGAGAUUAAUGAUGAAAAUAACAACGCCACCAUUUCUAUGAUUGUCAAGCGCAAUGUCAGACUACAAAUUACCGGCACAACUGUUCCUAAGUCACUAGACUAUCCAGAAAAAGGUCCCGAUUUAAAUAUAAUAGACAACGACUAUAGCUCUGUGAACAUUUCUUCUAUAGGACCACCAAUAACCAUUACCAUCGAGGUUGCAAAUGAAGGUCAAAGUGAUUUAGAAGAUGUGAUACUUCAUAUAAGCGUCCCUCUAACCGAAAAAGACAAGGAAUUCAAUUAUCUUCUGUAUCCUGUCAGUAUUAAGGGAAGAGGUAAUGCCAACAAUGCAGUAUGCAGUGGAAGAGCCUUGAAUCCUGCUAACCUGUCCUUAACUGCGGACUCGCAAGGAAGAACUAGACGGAGAAGAAAUACAGAAACCCUGUCACCUCGGACGAUGGAUUCAGGACUGGUGACUUGUACAAUCAAAGAAAUUAAAAGAAAUGGUCGUUUUGUGGCAGACUUAAAUGUGCGACUGUGGACUGCGACUCUUGCUGCGUAUUAUCCUAAAGAUCUUCUCAUGAUUGUCCAAUUUAAUGCUGAAUAUGUCAACAAUCUUAAUGAGAGCGAAUCACCUCAUCGUGGACGUCAGGAGGUCAAAAUUCGAGUAACUCCUGAAAAUGCUCCUAGAAAAUCCAAAUCAACUCCAGUGACUCGCCCAAUAAUGAACUUGGACGUUUCAUUGACUUUAAGCAGGAAGGAGAUACUUGUGGAAAAUUAUACCGUAUUCUGUCCCAACAGUUCUAUACAAUGUUUGGAUGUUACAGUGUGUUUCCAAUACAUCAGCAAAUGUGUCUCUGGUCCUUAUGAAGUUCAAUACCAGUUCGAUUUGGAUUAUCAAACAUUGCAAAAUUUUAAUAAGAGAGUGUAUUUUAAUGAAUCAGGAAAUGUAAUUUACUCCAAGCGUGAUAAAAUAAGACUUCCAGGCAAGAAUGUUACGUCGUGUGUGGAAUUCACUCAGAUUCAUGUUCGAGAAAACAAUCUUGUGGACCGAUUGAGGCUUGGAGCCAACAGCAUCGGUUUCAAAAUAAAUUACAGUCUAAUUUUACCACCAAACUGCGAAAAUACGACUUUAUGUCCGAUUUUGGAUACAAGUAAAGGCUCUGUUAGAACGGAACAGGUCACAAUUCGAGUAACUCCUGAAAAUGCUCCUAGAAAAUCCAAAUCAACUCCAGUGUGGGUUAUUAUUGUCUCUGUGCUUGGUGGUGUUUUGUUACUGGCUCUUUGUAUUUUCGCUUUAUUCAAACUUGGAUUCUCUAAACGAAAUCGACCUCCAAAGGAGAUAUCACCUUCGCAAACAGAUGAAGCACAACAGACUGAAGUUUAGGAUAAAUUAGGAUUUUUAUCUUCUUUCAUUUGUAUUAUUGGUAAUUAAUGCACUGUUUGUACGGCAGACUUACUUGACAAUUUUAUUUACGUAAAACUCGUACAAUGAAUCAAUAAUUUCCAGCACAAUAA